AUGGAAAUCAUCAACGACAAAAGAAAAGCUUCUCCAGAAACAUUCCAUUCGCCUAAUGCAGACGCAAGCCUCGUGUACAAAAAGCGCAAACCCACUCAUGACGAAAAGGAUGAGAAAUUAUCACAGACUAAAAAGACUAAGCGGAAGUACCGAAAGUCUACGAUCAAUGUGCGCAAGGAAGAAAUGGCGGGCUUAUUGGUAGAGCUCUCUAGAUUGCAAGCAGAGAUGGAGCAGAUCAAGUCGCGCGCAUUUGCUGUAUGUGUCGGAAUGGAAGCACGGUCUCCGGCCGAGUUACAGUGUGCGAAUCGAGUGUUAAGGCGAGCAAUCCAAACACAGCAACUCGAACAUACAAAAAUUCACGCAAUUAUGUCCGAGUACUCGUUAUUUAAUCUCAAAAUUGGAAGUCCGAUUCAUCGACCAAUUCACUUGCAAAAAGACACACAUGCACGUCGAGCUACACUGCUGGCUCUCAAAAGAAAAGCGCUUGAUGAAGGAGCUAAAUUUAUAAAUGACCGCCGACCACGAGUAGACCCUUUGAAACCCAUGCGAGAGGACCAUGGGUACGAAGCUCCAAACGGGGACUUUUACGCGACAUAUAUCUCGACGAUGCAGUUUGAAAACACUGUCAAGCAAGUGUUUGACAUCUUACUUGGAUAUCUAAGCAGCAUCGAAAUUACUGUAUCGGAAAAACUUGGCAAUGUUACAAUUCGCGAAGAUGACGACAACGUUGCUCCUGGUAUUGUGCAAAAUCGACUCGUGUCGACUACAACCGGUGGCUUGCGGAUGGAAUCAAACACAGUACAUUUUGCACGAUACGAGCCAGGCAACGACGACUCAGGUCCUCAGAAUGGUUACGGUAUUCUCGUCGCGGAUUAUGUUGAUGACGAUGAUUUAAAUCCAUAUCAUCCACAUGAACGUAUUCGCCGCAAUUUUAGCGCUGUAUUGGAGCUCACAUCGUAUCCUAUUCGACACGGAGUUCGCACCCGGUCCAAAAACACGAGUGCGGGACGUGUUGUAGUACUUACUCGAUGGGUUCACAGCAAAGUGUACCAUCCUGAGUACGAGAUUCCACAAUCUGGCUGGCAUGAGAUGCGAGACAAUACCGAGCGCUGGAUCCAGACACUGCAUCAUGCCAUGAUGGAGCGCUUGUCUCCCGUUUGUGUCAAGAUUAAAGGAUAUCCAAGUGUGAUCUGGCGUCUUACAGAAUAUGACAUAAGGACGCAUCACCAUUCGUCUCGUCGACAGACACAAGAGGGACAACUUAUCGAUGUAGCUUUCCCCCGUCUCCUUCAUCACGCUGACAAUACUACCCGACACUUCCCUAUGGAGGACAAUCAGCGCUUUGAGUGGGCAAUCAUAAAGUAA